GGCUGCGGGCGGGCAGCGCUCCCGCUAUUUCUCUCCGGCGGGCGGCGCAACUUGGGCGCCUGUCUCUUGUACAGAACGGGAGAUGGACCUCCACCCGACCCGGACGAGGCGACCAUCGCCGCCUGUCCCCAAACCCCGCAGGCAGCCUGGCUCGGGGGUCGCGCGGGCCAUAUGAGCUGUGCCUGCCAUACGUCAUAUUUUCCAGGACACGUUCUCUUUUUCAUGGGCUUAAUGCACUAUGGAUGCCAGGAUGCCUCACUGACUGGACUGAUGUCUUCACCACCUGGGGAUUUGUACUGCAUAUCUUUAAGAGUACAACCAUUGGACAAUGAAUGUGAGAUCAUGCACUAUGAGCCAUUGGACAACAAGUACUCCUCACAGCAGGCCUGGGGUGGUCAAUGGACAGCAGAUCCCAUCUCUCAGAGUUCAUGCAGGAACUCCUUGCUCUUCACCCAGUGGUAGCACCCCAAGCCCAGCGAUGGGAAACCUAUCUACAAACUCCCAUUUAAAGACAUCUCUUGGAGGAGGGGUUGCUCCUCAGAGCAAUGUGACCCAUAGCAAUAUUCACUUCACUGCAUUAAGUCCCAGGAGACAAAUGGUUACCAAUGGGAAGGCUCUCUACCAUACUCCACAACCUCCAGCGCUGCCCACGCCACAGAUUGUGAAGCCAAAGCAGCAAGAGCAUGGAAACAGUUUAAUGACAAGCACAGUUAAAGGGGGUCUUGCCUUUGGGUGCAAGUCAAUCGGAAAAAGUAGCUGCAACAAAUUAAUAGUCACCAGCAGUCCAAUGAUGGUUCAGCGACUGGGACUUCUAUCUCCUCCUGAAAAGGUCUCAACUGCAUGCAGCCAAAUCAGCCCAAGCUUACAGAGAGCUAUGAAUGCUACCAACUCGAAUAUACCUCCAUCUGACACGAGAUCCCUUCUGUCCCGAGAAUCUUUGGCCUCCACAACCCUGAGUCUGUCUGAAAGUCCAUCAAUCCAGAGUGUCAAGCAAGAGUGGCUUCAUGGCUACAGGAUUUUCCCUUCUCUUCCUUCCAGCCAAGGCUCCCCAAAUGGCGCGAACCUCGGGGACAUCACAAGUGUUACAUCUGGAAUUUCUGUGUCCAACAAUGUAUCUAGCUCAUUACCAUCUUACUUGUUUGGUGUGGAAAAUAAUUGUUCUCCUUAUCCUAGUCCUCACUAUUCUUCAACCAGGUCUCAUUCAGCCAAAAAGAGGGCCCUCUCUCUGUCUCCUUUGUCUGAUGGAAUCGGGAUUGACUUCAAUACAAUCAUCCGCACAUCCCCCACUUCUCUUGUUGCUUACAUCAAUGGUUCAAGGGCAUCUCCAGCAAACAUCUCCCCUCAGCCUGAGGUCUAUGGACACUUCUUGGGAAUAAGGGGAAGUUGUAUUCCUCAGACUUGCUCUAUUCCAAAUCCUCAAAAAAGACUUCUUGUUGCUAAUGGCAAUGUUGCCCUUCCCAGUUACAGUGAAAGUGGGAACACUGAAUACCAGCGCAUGCAACAGUUGGAACAAAACAGCCAACAGCCAGCAGUCACUAACAACAUGGUGGUUCAACAAGGAAUAUCUUUGCUAGAUAGCCAAUCUGUGGGCAUUUUAAAAAGUGGGCGUGCCGAUGGCUUUUCUGGGAACACAAUGGACAUGCCAUCUACUUCUCCAGUGGUUCCCCUUGUUCUUCCUCCACCACAUGGUCCACCUCCUCCAUACCACGCACAUCAGCAUGACCUUAUCAACCAUCCCCACCAGAUUUCCUUAGCACCAUCUGUGCAAGGCCCUCUCUUAGAUGAAGAAGGUGAACUGGAUGAGUUUAAUGGCAAACAUUGCUGUUGCUGGAUAGAUUGCAGUGCUACUUACGACCAGCAGGAAGAUCUUGUGCGGCACAUAGAAAAAAAUCACAUAGACCAGAGGAAAGGAGAGGAUUUCACUUGUUUUUGGGCUGGGUGCCCUCGGAGAUACAAGCCAUUUAAUGCUCGUUACAAACUACUGAUUCACAUGAGAGUGCAUUCAGGAGAAAAGCCAAACAAAUGUACGUUUGAAGGCUGCAAGAAAGCCUUUUCUAGACUAGAAAACCUCAAGAUUCACUUAAGGAGCCACACUGGAGAAAAGCCUUACCUUUGCCAGCAUCCAGGCUGUCAAAAAGCAUUCAGUAAUUCCAGCGACCGAGCCAAGCAUCAGAGGACUCACCUGGACACGAAACCUUACGCUUGCCAGAUUCCUGGAUGCACCAAACGAUACACAGAUCCAAGCUCUCUAAGGAAGCACGUGAAGGCCCAUUCCUCCAAAGACCAGCAGGCUCGGAAAAAGUUGCGUUCAAGUAUAGAGCUUGACCAGGACACUCUCAAUGACUGUCUCAUGAUCCAGCCUCUCCAACCUCCUGCAUCUCCCCAGGGCACUUCAGAAAGCACCGUCAGACAAUCUCCAGGACCUGGGCAUGACAUUUACACAGCGGCCCUGUUCUCCAACACCCACGCCAGUCAAAGUGGAGCUGCUACGGGUUCCUUGCCCCCAUCGCACUCGGUGAGCCACGCUUCUCCAGGGCACAAUGUGCACGGCAGCUCCCACAACCCACCAGCCCAGGUGCCGCCUCUCACAACAGGGGACUCAGAAACAGAGAGAUUUUCAGCUUCUGCUUCUUUUUCUCCGCAUCAUAUAAGCCCCAGGAGAAUUUCUGCCGCUCCUCCUUUGAUACAAAAAAGGACCGCGCAGCCUUCCAGCAUCCACCAACUUGGAGGAAGCCAUUUGAAGGCGUAUGAGCCGUCAGCAAAUGUGUCAUUUCAGCCAGACAGCAUCCAAAUCCAAGGUGUUUAUGGGCAGCUGCAAACAUUCUGUUCCCCACAUUAUGCCGACAAUCAGAGAAAUUUGCAACAUGGCGGAACUUGUAAUAUGGUCCCUCCUUUUGAAGACUGUCUUGUACCCACAUCUAUGGGCCAGGCAGGUUUUGAUGUUUUCCACAGAGCAUUUUCAGCACAUUCUGGCAUUACAGUUUAUGAUCUUCCAUCAGGCUCUGCAGAGAUAUUUGGUGAUUCAUUGUGCAAUGGAAUUGAGGACUCCAGUUUCCUUCAAAUAAACGCUGUAGAUCGUUGCCCGAGUCAACUUUCUUCAGUUUACACUGAAGGCUGAGGAGGGGGGAAAGAAAGCUACACUCCUUCAUCUAAUCCCUAUCAGAACCACUCUAUUACUGACCAUCUUUUUGUGGUCAGUUCAAGUGCUGAGUGUAUUACCUAAGAAACGAAGAAAACACUACCAGAUAGCAUUGACCAUCACAAAUGCAGCUAAUAAAUAUAAGGGGGAGGAUUCUGGUUGGAACUUACUUGCUGAAGUGUGAGCAACUCUUUUUUAAUUCAGCCUUUUUUGUGGUAAAACCUUUUCUCAAAGGGAAUGAAUAAGAAAACUACUGUUUCUUAUAUUUCUAGAUGAAUUGUUGAAAUUUUCACCACAGUUUUUGGAAACCCUCUGAAAAGACUGUAGAAAUUUGCAACAACUGUUUUGGAAAAAGCAAAAGUGCCUUGCAUAAUAAGCCUGUUUGGUGCUUUGCAGGCCCAGUACACAGCCUUGCAGGGCUGAAGACAAGGAGCAAUUUUUGAGACCCCAGUUGUGGAGGCAGCACCAUUCCAUUUUCUUUUUGGAAUCUGGGAACAUCCGUACUCUUUAACAACACAGUAUUAACUGUAUUAGCCAAAAGAGAGACAGUUGUUUGUGGUGUCUUAGCAUUACUCCAUUGGAAAGAGUAAAUCUUACUUGAUAUUGAAUAAUGCUUUAUAAUUUAAUUUUUAUAUGUGUAGAAUUCUGUAUGGAAGGUUCUUUUCAAAAAAAAGCACACAUAUUUAGAAUAUGCAAAUAUUUGAAGCUAUUUCCAGCAAGCUUCCUUGGAUCUUGAAGUUGACAUAAAGAAGGUCAGGGUCUAUUCACUACUGCUGCCAGGGAAGCAAGUGAUUCAACACUACCUUGCCGGGUCCCACAAGUGUUGGGUUCAGACUUCACAUGCUAUAGUACAGUGUUUCUCAACCAGUGUGCCUCCAGAUGUUUUGGGACUACAACUCCCAUCAUUCCUGACCACUGGUCUUGCUAGCUAGGGAUGAUGGGAGUUGUAGUCCCAAAACAUCUGGAGGCACACUGGUUGAGAAACACUGCUAUAGUAGAUCUCCCAGUAUCCUUUCUUUAAUCUGGUGGCUGGGGUAAUUUCAGAUGGUGCUGUUAUUCUGGGGGGGGGGUGCUAACCUUUCCAUUGUUUCUCCAAUGGAAGACCACCCCUCCCAAACCUUUGCUUUUUUGCUAUGGGGGGCAGACAGGCACAGUGAAGAAGCCUUUCUUUUCACCCCCUUCCAGCUAACAGCAGCCUCAGGGAAAGAAGGGUUUCUGUAGAAGAAACAUAAAAUUGGGAGAGGGCUUGUACUUCUCCCUCCCAACAUGGUAGCCUUGGUCCAAGUUGCCCCUCCAUUUGGUCACAGGUUUAUUGUGUCCCAUGUUGUUCAACCCAGCAUCUUCUGCAAGCGAGCGCCUUUCUGGCAUUGUCCCUCAUAUAUUCUAGAAGAUUCUAUGGAAAGGGCUAUUAUAAUUCCAUCUGCUGUAAUAUGGUAUGUUAGUAUUUCAAUCAGUUUUAAAUCUAUGCAUUCCUUUCCUCUUCUUUCUACUUACUUUUUCUUACAAGAAUAAAAAUGACAUGCCAUGUUUUUAAUCUAUCCCAAAAUAAUUCAUGCAGCUGAUAAUUCUUUGUUGUAUAGUUGUGAGCCUGUGUGGGCAGUAGAAAAUGAAUUUUCAUGGUCAAGAUGUGGCCUUUGUCAUGGUUACAUUAUUAUAUAAUUAAAAUGGCAACCUUCUUUAUGCAAUGUGUAUUGUGGGCCAUUCGUAUUGGGGCCAAAGCAUUUCAGCAAUUUCUAAAUGUGUGUUUUUUGUGUUGAUGGUGUGUUACUGCAGAGGAACAAAAUGUGGCUAUGCCAAGAGCCAAAGGAAUUGAUGCACUUAAUUUUUAGCGAGGAUAAAGCGAAGAGUUUUUGAAAUGGUGAAGCAGGCUUCCAAAAGCUAAAACAUUAUUUUGAAAAAUUAAUCAUUUUUAAACCAGUCAGCCCUGUUUGUACAAUUAUGGAUAUACUGAAGCCACAUGCUAAAGCUGUUCCCUGCUGCUGUUAUGAAAGCCAAGCCUUGGCUCCCUCCCCACUCCCACAAGGAGGAUCUCUCUUUGGCUCCCCUUGCCAAAUCAGAUCCUGAAUACACCUUAACCAACCAUGUGAGAUAAAAAAUAGCCUACACUCAGAGCCUGGGGUCCUUUCAGUCUUGUUUUGAUGUGGAAUUCCUGCUCUCUGCCCUGCAAAAAAUAAGUGAACUUGACACAGCAGAAGACAGAGGGAUGUGGCCAGGCACUCUGGCUUGUUCCUCUGAUGUGUUGAGUGUGCAAACAUCGCUCUGGGAUAUUGAGGGCCCUGGCCCCCCUCCUUGAAACUUUGGGGGUGCCAAGGUCCCUCAGCCCCACCCCCAAGCUGGUGCCCCUGGAUGCAGCUGAAAAAGUCUGGAAGUUAUGUAACAUACAGUGGGAGAAAAAUCAGUGGGUAGAAACUUCAGUCGGGAUGAACCCUCGUGGUUUAUGGCAAAUCCAAUCCAUGCUGGAUCAGGUCUACACAUGCAGCCCAUGACAAAUGGUCAGCUUUGACAGGGCCAGUCACUUCCGAUUCAGUGGAUGGAGAACAGAUUCCUGAAUCCCCCAUUCUAUAGUCAGUUCUGCCAGACAAAUCAACACAGGGACUAGAGACAGAAGCAGGUCCCUGGAUGCAGGUGGGAACCUUUGAAUCUGGGCUUAACAUCUGGGAAAAGAAGUGAAGAUGCCAACCAUUCUGUGAAGACUUACAGUUUUAGUCUUUGGGAAAUUCUGUGCCAAUCCUCAAAGGAUUGUGCUUGACAGCUUCAAUAUUAGUCAAGACUCAAUCAUUGUACCAUUUAGUUUGGGGAUCCAAGAAAGACCAGAUGUGUCCAGUCAGGAGCCAAAUUACAUCUACAAGCAUAGGCUCAUUUUAACUGAAAUGCUAUAGUGUCCUAAGGGCGGGAUUGGGGGGCAGAGGUCCAGGGCUCCACUCCGCAGAAUGAGCAGGAGGUGCCUGGCCACCUUUUGAAGAGCUUGAGCUUAAUGCAGCCUCUCUCACAUAAUGGAUCUUUAUUGGAGAUGUGUCUUGUGUGCUUCUGUAUGAUCUUAUGGGGUCAUUUUGUUUCUUACACUACAGUCCUCUACAUAUCUACUCAGAAGUAAGUCCCAUUGACUUGAAGGUCUAUACAGGACAGGUCUCAUGCCCUGCUCCUCCUCGGGAGACUUCACAGCAGCUCUUAUUUGUCCUCAAGUCCAGGCUUGCCUCGCUCCAGGGGCAGAAACAGGUCUGCUAUUCUGCAGCCUGCCAUUUCACGUUCACCAGAGGUUGGCAACCUAAGGCCCAUGGGCCGGAAUCAGCCCAUGAGGGUUGCUUAACCGGCCCAUGAGCCGCCCCCGAACCAAGCUGCCUGCUCGGUGAGUCCUUGCAUGCUGCAGUAUACCGGCGCAGCACAGCAUGGGCGCUCUCUUGUGCGGCUCCAGAAAUCACUUCUGCGUAUGCCCAGGUGCCGGAAAUCAUGCCUGCACAUGUCCGUGAUGCCAGAAAUCACUUCUGCACAUGCCCAGGUGCCGGAAAUCACGUCUCCGCAUGUCCGUGAUGCCAGAAAUCACUUCUGCACAUGCCCAGAUGCCAGAAAUUGCAUCUGCGCAGGUCCACAGCUCCAGAAAUCGCUUCUGCUCAUGCCCAGCUGCCAGAAAUAAUGCCUGUGCAUGUCCGCAGCUCCAGAAAUCACUUCUGUGCGUGCCCAGAUGCAGGAAAUCGUGUCUGCACAUGUCUGCAGUGCCAGAAAUCAUGCCUGCGCAUGUCCGCAGCUCCAGAAAUUACUUCUGCGCAUGCCCAGAUGCCAGAAAUCGCUUCUGCACAGGCACGGUUUUCGGCAUCUGGGCAUGCACAGAAGCAAUUUCUGGUGCCGUGGACAUGCACAAACGCGAUUUCUGACAUCGCGCUGAGCCGGUCUGGCCCACGGAGGAUCUCCGCAGGAGUGAGCCGGCCCAUGCCCAGUAAGCCUUGCUGACCCCUGACGUUGAGUGCUCUAUUAGAAGCACCCGCUCUGACUUGCAUCCCCGAAUGAGCAGAUUUCACAACUCAUUUUGUUGUACUCCAACAUGUUUGUUGAAAAGAAGGCAGCACUUUACUGAACUCUUCACUAGGGGACUGUUGUGUUAUAAAAAUGGUGCUUAGUUGUUGUUGUUUUGCUAGCCAGAUAAUAUUGCCUGUUUAAAGGGAUUCAGUAUAAACUAUUUUUAUGUAAAGAUUAAGAAAGGAGAAGACAUUCUAUAGAUGCACACUGGCUUGCAUCUUCCACUCUUCUCAGAGUAGGUCUAUGGCAACACUGCAAAGUUGUGCUGCAUAAGCAACCAAUUCCCAAUGCCCUUUUAAUAGCCCCUUGGCUUCUCUGUGCAAGAGAGUGAAAACGCCCACACAGGGAGAAGAGAAUCUUGUUUCUUGACAGCCAUUAGUAGGUAUAUCAUUGCAGGACAAGAAGAAAAUGCUAUUUUAACUCCUUCGUUGCCACCCUCUGGACUCUUAUGUGAGAGUAAAGGCUCACUGGAAGCUUAAUAAUAAACAGAUUUUCUCUCAGGAUGGCUCUGCUAAAUCAAAAGUCUUUCUAUCCAUCUUUAGAAGAAAUGUACACUGGAGUUCACAUGCACCUUCAAAAAAGGAAUUUUGUAUCAGAAGUCAACUAUUCUGGUUUACUUUGUGUCACUUGCAGGAGCAUUUUCGUGUUAGGACUGUUGUUCUCAUUCCAUUAUUAUAAUAUAUUUU